GCUGCGGCAUGGCGGAGAGGCGGCAGCGGGCCCGUGUGCAGGGCGGCUGGGCCGGCGGCGCGGCGGGCAAGGCCCGGAGCGCAGCACCCAAGGCACCUGCGGCCAGCAACCUUGCCCCUGCAGAUGCCAGACCAGCAUGGGUGAGGAAAGAUCAGCGUCACACACAGAAGCACUUUGUCUUUGAAAAGCCAUCAGAGGUGGAGCGCAGGGUUCCUGAGGCAGGUGUGAUAGACAAGCCUGGUGUGUAUGAGCUCAGCAAAGGUCCAACUGGCAUUUCUAGGAUUCAUUUGAUUCCUGGCUUUAUUGACUCAGAACAAGCAGAUUGGAUGUUUGAACAGCUCCUCCAAGACAUACCCUGGGGUCAGCGAACUCACAUCAGACAGGAUGUAUCUUUUGAGGAACCAAGGCUCACCUCCUGGUAUGGGGAACUUCCUUACACAUACUCCAGGAUAACAAUGCAGCCAAACCCAAAUUGGCAUCCUCUGCUGACCAUGCUAAAGGAGCGCAUUGAAGAGUUCACCGGCUACACCUUCAACUCUCUUCUCUGCAACCUCUACAGAAAUGAGAAGGACAGCGUAGACUGGCACAGUGACGAUGAACCAUCACUGGGAAAAAAUCCUGUCAUUGCCUCACUCAGCUUUGGUGCUACCCGGACCUUUGAGAUGAGGAAGAAACCCUCCCCUGAAGAGAAUGGAGACUAUACUUAUGUAGAAAGACUAAAAAUCCCACUUGAUCACGGGACUCUGCUGAUGAUGGAAGGAGCUACCCAGGAGGAUUGGCAGCAUCGAGUGCCUAAGGAGUAUCAUUCUAGAGAUGCAAGGAUCAACUUGACCUUUAGGAUCAUUUAUCCAGAACCUGAUGGAGUUUGGAAGUGAAGAAUCACUUGGGGCAUUGUUGGAUAUAAACCCACAGCAGAUCCAGAGCAACAGAUUGCUACAGACUUAAAGGAAGCCUUCCAGGAACGGAGUUCUGUGAAAUACCUGAUGGGGAGAAGAAAUGUUAUUAUGAAGAUAUGUGACAAUCAGAAGCUGCUGGUGUUAUGUGGACAGUGCUGUUUAGUUUUCAGAAGUGAUAUUAAAUCACAGGCUUUAAGUUUGUGAAAAAGCAAUGAUCAUUCUUAAAAGAACACAAAGCUCAUGAAAGAUCUGAGAGGUACCAACUGGAGAAGAAAGGUUCAGUGAGCAAUUUUGCACCUUCUCUUGUCUUCCCUUUACCCUAAGUAAUGAGCUAAGUAGCAACAAGACAGGAUUCUUUUAUGUAAAGCCAGCUGUGUGUGUGCUGUGUGUACAGAAAUAAGAAAGCUGUAUUACUCAUUUCACCAAGGGGUAGGGCAUUGCUUUUAUUUGUAGGUUGCAAAGUCUUUUCAGUGAAGCAAUCAGUUUCAUUGUUUAUAUAACUACUUGAAUUAUAGUAGUGUCUAGUAGAACAGAGGCUCAGGGCUCCCUUCUGCUAUGCACUCUGUGGUCAGGCUUUACUGUAAACUGUUUGUCCAUGUAGACAAAAUAAAGGCAAACAAUGGAGACACCUUAGCCAUGAGCCUCAUCAGCAGGUUAAAGCUGCCCAUAGCUUGAGCAUUAACAGUCCUCCUCCAUCCCUGCUGGCUUAAAACUGUUACUUUUGUGCCACAGGCAGGAAAAGAGACACAAAGAGAUGAAAAACAUCACUUACAGAGUUUGCUAAUCAAUUCUUAGCUUCUUUUUUGGUUUUCUUUUUAGCACAACUAAGUUGUAGCUUCCAGUGACUUCGGGUGGGAUGGGAAAUGUCAGCAUCUCUAAAAAUGAGGCUUGUGCUGCCAAAUUUGAUACUCAGAAGAACUGGUCCAAAGAUUUGCACCCAAAUUAUUGUCAUCACUCUGUUAAUCACUUGCAAAGCUACACUAAAUAUAGUAGCAUCAGGUGCAGCACUCACUCUGGUGCUGCUGCUCUUAGGUUAAUGCAUAUUGCAUUAAAGAAUAUUACUUGGAGGUUUGUCUCUCAAACCUCUGCUGUUACAGCAAAGCAGACAGCAGCUCAGACCUGAUUCUAGGUUGACUUGCUGGAGUUAGUUGGCUGGCCCUAUGUAUGUCUCACCAGUGAGCUGAUGACUGCUCUAUGGGUGUUAAGUUAGGUAUGUUGCCUAACUUAAUGUCCACCAGCUUAAGUGGUGAAGUUCUCACUGCAGCUAAGUGGUAUCCACUGUACUGGAUCAAAACAUAGGUUUGGUAUGUCUUCACUUUCUGCCCGAAGUAGGAUCUAAGCAUGGGUCACUAUUCUAUGCCUUCUUGUUAAAGCAUUCUCCCUCAUCAGUGCAAGAGUAGGUGUUUAGAAAAUGUCUAUAUUUUCUUAAUCAGCAUUUGCUGUAGUUUAAAAUUCUUACUUGAUGAGAGCAGUCAAGUUAUUAAUACUCAGUGAUGUCUAUGUUUUAAUGUUACUGAUGACCUAAAGGACAGGCUGUUGAGCCAUUUCAAUCCCUGUGCUCUGAAAUUGGGCAGAAUUGUUUUCUUUGUGUAUCAAACGACUCCAGAAGCAGCUUCUCUACCUAAAGCACCGUGCAACUUUUGAAACAGUUUAUUCUAAAAUGAGUGAAUGGAAUUAGAAAACUUCCUUUGUUAUCUAGGAAUGUCUUCACUUUUCAUCCCAGUUUGUAUAAAAAUAUGGUUUUGGACUAUAUGUAGUGUUAAUUCCUUGCUUUUGAAGCUAAGAUGUGGGCUCUGUGGUGUAUCUCCUGAGAAUUGGUGUUGAAGGAGGCAGAUGCUUACUUUCACAUUUACUUUCUUUGGGUAACUGGAGCUUUGUGUGCAUCCCUGUGUGUGUGCCCAGGUCUGGCAGUCCUAGAGUUGUUUUCCAUAACCAAGGGGCAGUACUAAAAUUUCUCCAGCUAUUCUGACAAGGCAACAUUUAGCCUCUGUGGGUUCAUACAAGCUACAUUUAUUUACGCUGUGUUAAGAGCAGUCAUGCUGCAAGAAUGAGUAGGAGAUGGGGACUAGAUGGAAACUUUUAAAGCCCAAACCUCAGCCUUUGGAAACUGCAACUCAUUUGAAUUCAUUGAAGCUAUGGCACAUAAUGGGUAGUAGGGCCCUGGAGGCUGAUACUGUUGCAGAAGAGCAGUUUUUCACUUAACUUUCUCAGUUUCAAUGUGUAAUGUUAGCAAAUUGUGGUUUAGUUUCUUUACUUUCUGUGAUCAGGGAGAAAACCAAGGUUUCCUCCCCAGUAAUAAAAUGAUUUGUAAGAGAAAUGUA